AUGGCUAAAGUAUUCCUCAUUAUGUUAGGUGGACCAGGUGCUGGAAAAGGUACUCAAUGUGCUAAUAUUGAAAAGCACCUUAAUUCAUCUGCCCAUAUUUCAACAGGUGAUUUGUUAAGAGCUGAAAUUAAAAAUAAAACAGAAAUUGGAUUAAAAGUUGAAGACAUUAUUCGCAAUGGUCAACUUGUUUCUGAUGAAAUUAUUUGUAAUAUGGUUAAUAAUUUUAUAGCCAAAAAUGAAAAAGAAGUUAUUGUAUUUGAUGGAUAUCCACGUGCUGUUUCACAACUUGAAGCUCUUUUGAAAGAAGCCACUGCUGAAACUAAGAUUUGUGUAAUUAAUUUAGAAAUUCCUGAUGAAAUUCUUAUACAAAGAAUUGUUUCAAGAGGAAAAACAUCUGGAAGAGCUGAUGAUAAUACUGAGGCUGCUGCCAAAAGACUUGCUGUUUAUCAUGCUCAACAUGAUGAAAUGAUUAAGGCUAUUAAAGCUAAAAAUCUUCCAUAUUUUGUUGUUGAUCAUCUUGGAGGACCAGAUGAAGUUUUCAAUGAAAUUAAAGGAGUAUUUGCUAAUGUUGGACUUCAUUAA